AUGGUCCUCUAUGUUUUAUUUCUGCUACUAACUGCCCUGUUUUCUCGAGGAGUCGGAAAUUUUAUUGACUGUUAUGACGAGCUUCGUGAAAGACAACUUGAUGAGAAAUACCGCGACAUUCUGAUUGCUGCCCUAAGAGCGGACAACGCUUGGAUGAGCUACAACUGCACGUUCGAGAAAUAUGCUCGUUUGGAACUUCGAAAUAAAAGAUUUAGGGUACCGCCCGAUGUAAACUUUACCAUAAGAUACAUGAGAGACCGAGUCGAGUCAGUAGAGCGAUUUUUAAGAGAUGGAGUUGAAAAAUUCAGACUACGAAAGAAAAAAGUAACGUUUCGCAAGCGUUGA